AUGUUCAUAGACACUGAAGCAAAAAGUUUAUACAAUGUCAUUGAAAUUUUUGAAAGAAAAAUAAUAUAUUUAUCUUUUAUAAACGAAGAGAUAUUAGAAAAAUUGAAUGAACAUGAUAUUAGCACAAUUCCUGAGGAAUUUCUUUUAUACUUCAAGGACAUAAUAAAAUUGAACAAAUUAUAUGAACAUAGUGAUAUAUUAAAAAAUUAUGAAGAUGAUGAUAAAGAAGGAGAAGACGAUGUAAAUUAUAAAAAAUGUGUAGAUGAUGAAGAGGUUUGUGUAAAUAAAGAACAUCAAGAUUUGAUAGAUAAAAUAAAAAAAUAUUGUAUACGUCUGUGUAAUAUAUUUAAUGAAAAUGCAAGUCUUUAUGAAAUAUUAAACAAAAUGAAAGAUAAAGAAAAUCAUGACUUUUCUAAAUUCUUAUACAUCAUCAAAGAUAUAAAGAAUAUUUUUCAAACGAAGUUUCAAACGAGCGCUUUAGAAAAAAUCAAGGGUAUCGAAAAUAUGAAUAAAUUAAAAGAUGAAGAAAAGAAAAUACAAGAAGAAGAAAAAAAGUUAAAUGAAGAAUUAGAAAACAUACGAAAAGAAAGUCAUAAAGAAUUAAAUGAACUAGAACAAUGUUUAAAAAAAAAAGAAAAGGAAUUAGAACAUUUGAAAAAAUCUUCACAAGAAAAUCUACAAGUAUUAUUAAAUAUGUUACCGUUAAAUGAUACCUCUGAUAAUUUAGAACAUAUAAAUAUGUUAUUUGAAAAAACAAAAAAUAUUUAUGAGAAUAAAAUAAAAUUAUAUCAAGACCAAGAAAUAAGUUUAGUGAAGAAAAAUAAAUUACUAGAACUUGAUAUAGAAAAUUAUAUCAACUUGAUAGAUGACCAAAUUAAAAGCAAGGACGAUGAAAUUGAAAAAUGGACAAGGGAAUUAAAGAAAAAUAAAAUAACGGAAAAAGAUUUAGACAGUAUACUUUUGAGAAAACAAAAUGAAGAAAAUGAAAGAUGUUUUUUACAUGAACUAACGGAAAAAAGAAACAUGAUAAAUCAAAAAAAAGAUAAUAUAAACAACGAAGCUGCUGUAUUAAUUCAGUCUUAUAUAAGGGCCGUAAAAGAGCGGAAUUUAUUUAGUGAGCAUGAGAAGAAAAAAAAAAGUCGAAAAAAAAAAAAAUAA